UUCGCCAUGCAGAGCUUGGAAAGCUGGAACGAGAGCUUGGACCAUGACUGGGAGGAGGAACCAACUGAGCCUCCACCUCCGCCUCCUCCGUUGAAACGCCACAAGGGCCCGACGCUGCAACCAAAACCAAAGGGUUCGCCGGCUUCGUCUGGACGCGGUGGACAAAGGCCCUGGCCAAGUAGCGUGACGCCAGAACACAAGGUGCAGUCAUCCGAAUGGCCAGAGCGUGCGACAUGGCCAACGAAGGUGGAGGAGGUGGAGGUGCAGUACUCCCAGGAUGACACCGACUUCGCGUGGGAAGCUGACACCUGGGAGGAUGACUGGAAGGAGGCGGCACCGGUCGGCGCCACUAGCAGCCUCUUGUCGCGGCUGCACCAACAACUCUCCGAGACGGAGGCGGCACUGGCAGCCCUGGAAGCUGAGGAGCAGGUCGAUCUCGCCGAGGCAGUGCAUGUCGAGGACGUCGACGUGGUGCCGCAGCUGAAAGCUGCUUGGCCCAAAAAGUCCAGCGAGGCGUGGCCCUUGCGCGGAAGGACCUCCUUGGUCUCGACACAGCUCCUAAGGCCUCUGCCGGUUACGGCCAGGAGUGGCAAGCUGUACUUGGAAUCGCAAGGACAUUGGACUUCGAGACACCCGGGAGAACUCAGCUGCUGGCGUCACGAGGCACCAGAUCCUGUUUCCAUCGAGGCCUUGCCAGAGGUGACGAAAGCCAGCAGCGAAAAGGUCUUUCACGAUGAAUCCGGAAGCAUCUGGACGAAUCUUCGUCGAGGCUUGAACGAUCUCAAGAAGGACCCCCAGCGUUUGGACACAAUGGAGCUGCCCUACGAUAGCACCAUCCACGACGUUUGGGAAUUUAUGCUGGACUUGAUGGUGAAGCACCCCAAGUACUCGCGGCAAAUCCUGGAUGCCGCUGAGAUGCUCUUGGGCUCGGAACGCUGGGCUGAUGGCUUUCUGCAAGUGAAGCAGAAGCAUCGCUUCUCCCUGUGGCGCGGGAUCCUAAAAUCAGGUGGUCCCUGGGGGUAA